UGGGAGCAGGUAGGAUAUGGGGGGGUAAGAUCUUGAGCAGGGAUCAGCGUAAUGCGUAAAGUCUUUAAAGGGAAAGGUGACAUGAGAAUGUGCCAGGUAGAAACAGUCAAGGGAUAGAAGGAGGAGUAGAUCGCAAUAAUAAUUUCUUAAUAUUCGUGAGCAAGGUGGGAAUGGGCACGGAACAACUGGUGAAAGAAGGUGGAGCAUUUUUGGAAAUGAGAGAGGACAGUGAGGUGGCAGAAAGAUGAAUGAGGAUGUCCUUUGUUGUCUUUGUUGAGGACCAAGACUCAGGCAGCAAAGAUGGUGGAUAUUGAUGUUUGUGCUGGUGGGGAUAGCACAAGAAGAAAAAUGGAUGCUCUAACAGAUAGCGCAGCUGAGAUCAUUCCGUUGGAACUCUAUGAUUCAUCUCGAGCAAAAAUAGCUGCUAAUCUACAGUGGAUCUGUGCUAAAGCCUAUGGAAUAGAUAAUAUCCCAGAGGAGCUGAAAGACCCAUUUUAUAUAGACCAGUAUGAGCAGGAACAUAUUAAACCACCUGUCAUCAAGCUGUUACUGUCCAGCGAACUCUACUGCCGUGUCUGCAGCCUCAUUCUGAAAGGGGAUCAGGUGGCCGCUCUGCAGGGACACCAGUCGGUCAUCCAGGCUCUGUCUCGGAAAGGGAUUUAUGUCAUGGAGAGCGAUGAUACACCUGUGUCUGAAUCAGAUCUCAGCUGUGCACCCAUCAAAAUGAGUCCCCACAUGGCAAUGAUUGAUGCUCUCAUGAUGGCCUACACGGUGGAAAUGAUCAGCAUUGAAAAGGUGGUUGCCAGCGUCAAAUGUUUCUCCACAUUUAGUGCCUCAAAGGAAUUGCCCUACGAUCUGGAGGAUGCAAUGAUAUUUUGGAUUAAUAAGGUGAACCUGAAAAUGAGGGAGGUAACAGAAAAAGAAAUAAAACUGAAACAGCAAUUACUUGAAAGCCCAGGCCACCAAAAGUCUCCUUCCAAAUGGUAUUGGAAAUUAGUACCUGUACGAUACCGCCGCGAUCACCUUUCGAGUCGGCAGCUGCCAUUUUUCCCCUUGCUUGAAGAUCUGAUGAAGGACUGCAGUGACGGAGCUGCCUUACUGGCCGUGAUCCAUUACUAUUGCCCUGAACAAAUGAAGCUAGAUGAGAUUUGCCUGAAAGAGGUAACAUCCAUCGCUGAUAGUAUCUAUAACAUCCAGCUGCUUCGGGAAUUCUCGAAUGAAUAUCUGAACAAGUGUUUUUACCUCACCUUGGAGGACAUGUUGUACGCACCUUUAGUACUAAAGCCCAAUGUAAUGGUCUUUAUUGCGGAAUUAUUUUGGUGGUUUGAGAUUGUCAAGCCGGACUUUGUGCAGCCGAGGGAUCUCCAAGAAGUGAAAGACGCGAAAACGAUGUUGCAGCAGAAGAGCAGCCGCCCCCCCGUUCCGAUUUCCAAUGCAACCAAACGGAGCUUCAUGGCCAGCCCAACGGCUUCGGCUUCCGCCGACGUGCAGCCCCCAGCCCAGCUUCCUUUGGAGACUUGCAACAGUGGGAAGGGAAGUCCUGCCUUCAGCCCAGCCCAUCCUUUGCUGCCUUUGAGACAGAAGCAACAGAAGUCACUGCAAGGGGAGGACGGCUCAGGCCAGAGGAAUCGUUCUAAUUCAUUGACCAGAGUAGAUGGACCGCCACGGGAUUCGGUUCUUGCCUGGCCAGAGAAGAAACAAAGGCCUCUUUCCCAACCAACCCCCUUCGCCCUUCAUCAUGCCACCAGUAGCGACGCUGACCCCAGUUCGGGAGACAGCAUCAGUUUGGCUCGAUCGAUCAGCAAAGACAGCUUGGCUUCAAACAUUGUCAACAUCACUCCCAAACAGCAGCCUCAGCUCGUGCAGGGGAAAGCCAGCGGGAAAAGCUUGUUAAGCAACGUUGAAAUCGAAGAUGAGGAUGAAGAACUGAUCGCGAUCAUCCGCCCGGAUGCUGUGCCGAACCAUGGCAAUCUUGAGCUUCAGUGUGCGCCGGCUAGGUCGCCCGGUACAGCGGCAACAGCGUGGGCUCAGAAGUCCCAGGGCGAAGCCUUAGAAAAUAAACCAGAGAGCUUUUUCCUUGAGCCUUUAAUGCCCGCUGUUCUCCGGCCGGCAAAGGAGAAACAGAUAAUCAACAAGGAGGAUGAGUGUGGGGAAGGUAAAAUGAGAGGAGGCUUUGGGGCAAAGAGACUGACCGAGGGACGCAAAAAAAUGAAUAUUAGUCAAGCGGAUCACAAUCUGAAUCGGACUUUUAAUGUAACACCCAGCUCCGAAUUAUCUAUGAUCGCAGGUCCCUGCGUGGCUGACCCAACAGUACAUCCAGAGGUGAGAGUGGAGGCUUUUCGGCCUCAGGCCUGUAGUAGUUUAGAGCCUUCCUCUCAUGACCAGUCCUUUGGGGGAUACUUCCUUCAUCCUUCUCCAGCAGAUGAGGAUCCAGUGAGCAGCCCGAACAUCAGCUACGUGAGAAGCCCAAAUUCCCACACCGCCGAUACCUCAUGGACGAUAAUCAGGCAAGAUUCUGAUUCAGAUAUUCUAGAUAUGGAAGAAGCCGAGCAAGAUUUAGUGGCAGAUGAUCACCCGAUCAUUGCCAAGUAUAUCGGAGAAGAGGAAUCGGCGAAGCUCCAGGAAGACAUGAAGGUCAAGGAGCACGAAGAUAAAGACGACGCUAGUGGACGGUCCAGUCCGUGUCUGAGUACCAUUUCUCAGGUUAGCAGCGUUUCCUUAACCAGCGGGAGCGCCAGGAUGACGAGCUUUGCCGAGCGGAAGCUUCACCGGCUGAACAGCUAUGAAACGAAAUCCAGUACGAGCAGUUCCCAGAAGACCACGCCGGACGGUUCGGAAUGUUGCCCGGCCCCGUUAACCACGUGGAAGCAAAAGAGGGAGCAGAGCCCCACCAGGCAGAGCAAAGACAACGUGAACCUGCUGGCCUCCGAGCUGGCCCAGCUCCACAUGCAGCUGGAAGAAAAACGAAGAGCCAUCGAGGCUCAGAAGAAGAAGGUGGAGGCCUUGUCAGCCCGGCAGCGUUUGAAGCUGGGCAAGGCGGCUUUCUUGCAUGUGGUGAAGAAAGGGAAAGGGCCCGAGGUUCCUCAGCCGCUGAAGCCAGAGCAUUACACGAAAGAGUUCUCGAGGCACAAUGGGGAGGGCGUGGAUGACGUGGCUCUGAGCACCAAAUCGGAGGCCUACCUCGUUAAGGAAGAGGGCGGCGAGGAUUCCCUCGACUCCCUUGAAGGGCCCAAGGCGAAGGGCCAGGAGACGUUGGCUUUUGUGGAGCCGAGCCACCCUAAGGAAGCCACCCUCCACGAGAUAGAGAAAAGUAAAAUGAUCUCCACGGCCCUUCUGGAGGAAAACAUAGAGUCCGCUGACAUCAAUGAAUGUGACCUUUCCCUGGAGAAGCUGAACGAGACCAUCAGUACCCUCCAGCAAGCCAUCCUCAAGAUUUCGCAGCAGCAGGAGCUCCUCAUGAAAGCGCCGGCAGUGCCACCGUCGAGAGGGGGCGCCCAGGACCAAAAGAUAAAGGCGCCGGUUCAUUUUGUGGAGCCCCUCUCGCCUACGGGCAUGACCGGCCUUCGUAAGCCCCCUCGCCUCGGCCAAGGACGGAGCCCUCGGUCGGGGAGGCCGUCGGAACUGAAAGUGGCGAAGGACCGCCAGCAAACCACGACGCGCAUCAAGACCCCGACGCCCAGCAUCGAUACCUUGCCCCACCUCAGACAGUUCUCGUCAAACAACGUGCCCAAGACGCCGACCGAGACGGCUCCCGAACCCGCUUUGGAGCCGGGUGGCGCCCCCCGAGAUAAACUUGCUUCGGAUAGCUACAGGCUGUGCGGCGAGAGCAAUCAGCGGGGGGCGUUUAUCGUGUCUGCCGCCAAGGACACGAACAUCCUCUCCGAAGCCCUCAAAGACGUGAACAGUAACAUUGAAGACUUCCACACGGCUUCUGGGGACGGCUCUGUCGGCGAGAACCUUUCGGUGGAAGAACCGCUGAAGGGCAAAGGCAGCCUUAUUGAGGUGGAUCUGUCCGAUUUGAAAGCGCCGGAGGAAGAAGGUGAACUGGAAAGUCAAGGCAGCUCAACAGAUCUGAUCAGCGAAAUGGACCAGAAAGCAGGAGUCGGGUUUUUCUUCAAGGAUGAACAGAAAGCAGAGGAUGAGCUUGCCAAGAAACGGGCCGCUUUCCUCUUAAAGCAGCAGCGCAAGGCGGAGGAGGCCCGACUCCGGAAGCUCCAGCUGGAAGCCGAGGUGGAGCAGAAGAGAGACGAAGCCCGUCGCAAAGCUGAAGAAGACCGAAUACGGAAGGAAGAAGAGAAGGCCCGGAGGGAGCUCAUCAAGCAGGAAUAUUUGAGAAGAAAGCAGCAGCAGAUCUUGGAAGAGCAGGGCCUCGGGAAGCCCAAAUCUAAACCCAAGAAGCCCAGGCCGAAAUCGGUCCACCGGGAAGAGUCCUACAGUGACUCGGGGACAAAGUGUUCUUCUACCCCUGACAAUCUCAGCAGCGCACAGUCGGGUUCCAGCCUCUCCUUGGCAUCCGCAGCGACGACUGAGCCGGAGAGCAUUCACUCCGGGGGCACGCCAUCACAGAGAGUGGAGUCAAUGGAAUCCUUACCCAUAUUAAGUAGAAACCCAAGUCGGAACAUGGAGAGAGAUUGGGAGAACACCUCCACAGCUUCCUCCAUCGCGUCGGUGGCAGAAUACACUGGUCCCAAGCUGUUUAAAGAGCCAAGCAGCAAGUCAAACAAGCCCAUCAUCCACAAUGCCAUCUCCCACUGCUGUCUUGCUGGGAAAGUGAACGAGCCGCACAAGAAUUCCAUAUUGGAGGAGCUUGAGAAAUGCGAUGCCAACCACUACAUCAUUUUGUUCCGGGAUGCCGGCUGCCAAUUCAGAGCACUUUACUGCUACUAUCCCGACACGGAGGAAAUCUACAAGCUGACUGGAACGGGGCCAAAAAGCAUCACCAAGAAGAUGAUCGACAAACUUUACAAGUACAGCUCGGACAGAAAGCAGUUCAACCUGAUCCCGGCCAAAACCAUGUCCGUCAGCGUCGACGCGCUGACGAUCCAUAACCACUUGUGGCAGCCCAAGCGACCUGCGGUGCCAAAGAAGACGGCGACCCGCAAAUGACAUUAGAUUUCCGCGAGGAGACUUUUGCAGGGUUUCGUCGCUGGGGAGGAAUUCUCUCUUCCCCCCCCUCACCAGGCUUGGGUAUGAAACAGAACCGUGACCCCCCCCCUUUUUUUUUAAACAAAGAAAAGAAACAGAGAGGAAAAAAGCAGCUUCUGAAAAGUGGAUGCAAGGAGCGAAUGAAGGAAUGAGUUCAGUGUUCUUUGUUUAUUUGUGUUCGUAUGGAUGAUAAAAUGGCUGUCAACACCCGUUCCUAAUGACAGAGGCUUUUCACGUGAGAGAAGGUGCAUGUAGCAAGAUCGUAAGCAGUGGUUUCCAUUUACUUGAAGUUCUUCAUUGGUACAAAUUGGGACAUCAUUUUUUGCGACCUUUCUGGUCUGGCCUCUCGCCCUGCCAUCAGUGAGUCCCAGAAAACUAGCACGUGCUACGCUACAGCAAGCCGUUGGAACAAAGGCCUUUAGGAAGACCCGGCUUGUCCCUUUUCAACGUUGGGGACCCUAAUAACAUACGAAGCAAACAGAACUUUUACCUACUGCCAACGUUAAAGACAGACUACGACUCUUAGAGGGGAAAAGGAAAAACGCGACCCAGCCCUUGCUGCUCAGAACAAAGUUUACCUACAGUAUCGAUUCUUUAUAAGCACUGAAAGAUGUAAAAUCUCUCUUUCCUUUUUUUUUUUUUUAACGACAAUGGCGGACUUAUGCAAAUAACCAGUGGUUGAUGGACACUUCUGGAACCACAAUCAUGGAGAGGCAAGCAGGUGCUACUGGCUGGAAAUAUCCCCAAUUUAAAUCUUGAGACACUGAAUGGAAAACAGUCGGCCUGGAUUUUCUGUUUCAAGUAGUAUCUUAACUUUUACUUUUUUGUCUUUUCAAUCAAGACAGAUCCUAGUCAUAGUGGAAUGUUUUCACUCAGAGCACGUUACUCCUGUAUAAUGGUGCACUUAACAAUCACAAAUUCUAACGCUUUUUUAAUCAUGUCUCGAAAUAUAAUUCUACUUCGUCCUGUCUCUCUCUCUCUCUCUCUCUCUCUUUUUUAAUUUUUAUUCCUGGCUGGAUGAGAAGCAUGCUCUAAACUGGAGUGUGUGCUCUUUUUAUUUUAUGUUGGGGCAGAGUAUAUACUAAUACAUAAGGAAAACCAACCAACCAACCGGUUUCCAUUUCCUAGCAGUUUUUAAAAAACCAAUAUGCAUUUGUUUUGGAAGGCUCGAAUUAAGUCAGAUGGCAUUGUGUUUGUUUGGUUUAUUUAUUUAUUUUCCAUCUUGAAAUAUUAAAUCUUGAGUUAAGACCUUUAAACGCAGUGUAUUCUUUCCCUUUUAGAAAAAAAAAAGAGCUGACAUAUAACGUUCAGUUGGGGUAGUUACGGCAGUCUUUGUAAUCAGGUGUCUGUUUUAAAACACAGCCCCCCCCCCAAGGAAUUAGCAGUGUCUUUUCUUUCUGCCAGGUCUAGUGUGUCUUGCUUUGAACUGCUAUCUUGGAGUUGAGGGUUGUAGCUUUCGUUUGCACACAUUUCCUUCUACUUGAAGUGUUACUUGAAUAUGUUUCCUGUAGUGCAGAGGAGCAUUACUGCUAACACUACAUGGGAAGAAGAAGAAAAAAUGAAGCUCUGAAACACAAGCCAGGGUAAUAACUUAGCAAACUUUAAAAGAAUAAUAAUAAAUUAGAAUAAAGAUGAGUUUUGUAUAGAAGGGCUGAAAAAAAAUAGGGUGCAUAACACUAACGAGACAGAUGCAAAUGAAGGUCUUCCGGUGCGGUCUUCCCGGUUCUGUCCCCUUACGAUACAUUUUAAAAAUAGUCUGGCUGUAAAUUUUGUUCCAUAGUUGGGCUACCUUGUAAAUAAGGAAAAAGCUUUAUUAUUUCUAAAAGUGCUAAAUAUUAAAAAAAAAAAA